AAUGUAUUCAUUAGAUAAGCAUGAUAAUGAAGUUGUGUCAUUAAGUUAAAUUUAUCAGAAACAUAAUUAGUAUCUUGUUCAGAUGGUAAGAAUUAAAUUAUAAUUUGGGAAAGAAGUGAAUAAGAUAAAUUUGAAUUUAAAUAUUUUGUUAUAAUAGAGGAAAGUUAUAACAAAAAAAUAUUUUGAAUAAUAAAAUAUUUAACUGAUUUAUUAAAUUAUAGUUUUCAACCUCAUCGUUAAUAAAUAAUUCCCAAUAGUUUACAUUAAGGAGAGGAAUUUGGUAGUUGUAAGGCAUAAAACCUAUAUUUAUAUCAUAAGGAAAUGUGGUUUGGAAUUAGAAGAUAAAUUCCCUUUAAUAAAAUGCACAUGCUUUUAUGUGUACUAUGAACAUCAGAAUUAAAGGAGAACACUUGAAUUUUUAAAACGCAAUAAAAUUAGCUGAGUCAUUAAAAAAUGUUCAGGAUCAAUUAAUUGUUGUAUGAUCAAGAACGAAAUAUGGGACGUAUUAUAAUUCAGUUCUUUCUGCUAUAG